GGCUGGAGUUCACAGGACCCCAACCUCCAGCACAGGGGCUACGGUGCCAGUCAGGCAGGGAGCCAAGGAAGCAGGUUUCCUUGCAGCUCUUUGCAAAGCUGAGAGAUGGGACUGCCUCACAUGGUCAUGAUCGCUGCCCUCUGGGUCCAGAUCCUGCUGCAAAUGAUCCAGGUGGAAAGCCAGGAGAUCGAGAUGACCAUGGAGUACAAUGCUUUUGAUGACCAGUAUAAGGGAUGUGAAGAAAAAAUGGAUUCCAAAGCUCCCCAACUCCUGAAGGAUGAAAAGAGGUGCAACAAAGUCCUCCGUGAUGCCUGGAACAGUGCCAAGACCAAGUGGCAGAAAGAGAUCGAGAAGAAGGUGUCUCCCCUCCCCUCUGACUUCAGAAAGCAGUAUGGGAUAGCGGUCAUUAUGUACACCAAUAAAACCUUUAGUAAAGACUUCAACCGGGCCGUGCGGACAAACGGGAGGUCUCUAGAGGACUAUAAGGAAAAUUUUCACUAUAAAGCCAUCCACUACUAUCUGACCAGGGCCCUGCAGCUCCUGCCAAAGGUCAAUUUCACCACAAAGCUUUAUCGGGGCUCUCAGAACAAGUUCACUUACAGAGGGACUGGCCCCAUCCGCUUCGGACAGUUCUGCUCCACCUCCCAGGAUCGUUCGAUAAGUGCUCAGUUUGGUAAUCGCACCUUCUACACCAUCCGUGCCUGGUUGGGGGUGUACAUCAAGAAUUUCUCAUAUUACCCAGAAGAGUAGGAAGUGCUGAUCCCAGGGAAUGAAGUCUUCCAUGUUUCAGCAAAGAAGGGGCAAGGGGCUUUCAACCUGAAGAGUAAAAGGAAGCCUUUAUCCUGCUUCAACUGUGCCCUCCUGGGAAAUGAGAAGAAAGCCAUGUGCAAGUCAGCUCAUCAAGUGAAGUGGUCCCAGCCAUCUGACCCUGCUGCUUCUCUCCGGGCUCCUCAUCCUGCUUCUUGGCUCUGAGUUGGACCUCUCGAUCCCCAUUGUGUGUCAGCCCGAGGCCCCUCAGCUCAGGCAUGCUCAUAUCAGCAGUCAGGACAGUUUACCACAAGUGGCUCCCACCUGCUCCCUCUCUGCCCCCUUGCCAGCUCUCUGCCUGCACCCCCUCCACCUCCAUCUCCCUUACUGGCCACCCAGUCCCAUAUAAUGCUCACAAGUUAAGUAGGAAGGAAAACAAGUACUGAGCCCCUAUUUCACCAGUGAGGAAACAAAAGCACAGAAAAGUUAAUUGACUUAGCCAAGGUCAUAGAAAAGGCAAGUGGCAAAGCCAAGAUUAGAACCCAGUUCCUCUGACUCCCACCACUGAGUUCUUUUCAUCCUUUGCCAGCUAUGAGAUAUGUUCUACUCCUCUCCCCUCCACCCAUAAACCACUCUCCAUCACAGUCUAUGUUUUUAGAGGGAUGAAUGUGAUGAUUUAUCUGGACAAACACAGCUAUAAACUGCUUUUCUGGUGUUCCU